GAAAACAAAAGCACAUGACAUGAUUCUUUCACCCUUUCGUCUACCAAUCUCGAUCCCUCUUUCUCUUCUUCAUCUUCUCUACUUCAAUAGUUGAACAUGAACAUUUUCAUUGAAUGAGAGAUACAAUGGCAGGAAGCGAGAUUCAAGAACCCAUUAGCCUUGGUUUUCAGGAGAGUUCUAUCCACUCUGGAUCGAUAUCGUUUGGGAGAUUCGAGGAAGAAGGGUUAUCAUGGGAGAAGAGAUCAUCAUUUUCACACAAUAGGUAUCUUGAAGAAGUUGACAAGUGCUCUAAACCUGGCUCUGUUACUGAGAUGAAAGCUCAUUUCGAAGCUCAUUUCAAGAAGAGAGGGAUGCGACUUCCGUCUUCUAUUGAAUCUCAGACUUGGGGAGUUCGGCAAACAGGUGAUGAUGCAACUGAAAGUUUCGAGGAUUAUCGGUCUGAUGGGAGUUUCUCGGAUAACACGAGUCGAUCACAGAGUCCUUGUAACUACAUACUUGACCAAGGAAAGAGUCAGUGUGAGUAUGUUGAGGAAAGUGAUCUUUGUGUGAGCUAUGAUGAGAUUGUUGUGAACUCGGAUGAUGUGAUCGAGCUUGAUGAAGAAGGCGGUGCAACUCUUUAUGUUCCUUUGGACAAUGAUGAAGUAGUUCCAGUGGAGUGCAUAUCUAUUAAAGAAGUUAGAUGUGAGGUUCUUGGACAACAAGAGAUGCCUCUAGAGAUUGAGGUUCGAGAUGAUGAUGAGGAUAAAGAGCAUUGCGCUGAAGUUCAAGAAACAGAAUCAAGACUCGUUGAACAUGUUCCAGAAAAGGCAUCUGAUGUUACGGAAAGAUCCUCCUCUGCAUGUGAACCAAAGUCUCUGCCAAAUGUAAAACCUAUUAUUCCUAAAGUUGUGAAUGUGACUAAAGCUUCUAUUAAGAGACAUGAUGUAACUCCAAAAGCUGUUUCCGGGAGGACAAAGGGUUCCUAUUUAAGUGCUAAUUCUAAAACAAACGUUGAUGAUGCCAAGAGCCAAAAGGAACUACGACCGAAGAAAACUGUUGAAUCUCGACCUUCAACAUCUAAGAAAAUAGAGACUCGAACUCCUCUUGCCACAAACAGGCCAAAGACUGGUUCUUAUUCUGCUAAGCUGGAGAUGAGUACAGGUGCUACCAGUUUCCGUUUCAAAUGUAGCGAACGAGCUGAGAAGAGAAAAGAGUUCUAUAUGAAACUGGAAGAGAAAAUACAUGCUAAAAAGACAGAGACAAACCAGGUUCAAGCGAAAACACAGCAAAAGGCAGAAGCUGAGAUGAAGCAAUUCAGAAAAAGCCUCAACUUCAAGGCAACACCAAUGCCUUCAUUCUACAACACCGUUACUAGACCGGUGUCUCGUUACAAGACCGAGCCAUCUAAAGUGGCACCGUCAAGACCACGAAGCACGACCUCAGCCUCAAGUACGAACAGGAGGGUCUCAAGAGUUGGUGAUAAACAUGGUACUGAAGAAGGUAAGAUGGUAAAAGGCAACGGUGGGUAAUAGAAAACCGAGUGCAGCUAAAGAUUCGGGUUUGCAAAAGGGUAACUUUAUGGCCGUUGAAACAAAACAGAAGGUUGGUAAGAGCGGGAACUAAACGGACAUGUGGUAGUUGGAAUACUGCGUCGUCUUCUGUUACCAUCUAUUAUCAUCCUAUGCUUUUAUCAUUCUCUUAAGCUUAAACUUGUAACUUAAGUACGUGUUAUCCAAUAAGAAAACUCUGCAUAGUA